AUGACGGCUUCCGACAAUGUCUCCAUGCGUGGUGCCACAGACAGGGCGAGCCACGGAGGCAUCUCGGAUGGAAGUAAGAAGAGGUUUCAUCUGUCGACAGUUUCCGCAGACAGCAGGAUCACGCGCUCCGACAAUCUUAGCUUGACAACCACAAGGCGGCGACGGCCAGCUACUAGCACUAUGGCUUGGAUCAAGACGGCGACCGAGUGCCUGAUCGUCAACGUUAAUCACUACAAGGCACAGCGACGCCUUACGAAGAAACGACGUGCGUGGGUUAGAUCCUCUCAGCUAAACAUCAGUCCGAUUGUUUCGACAAGCCACAGCCCACUACUCCAGCAAAAUACAUUACACGCAGCAGCUAUAAACAUACAGAAGCUUGCUAGCUCCAGCAACCAGGCACUCUCGUCCAACCCUGCCACUGCUGCCGACUUGAAAACAGUCCGCAAAGCCAAGGAGAGGUCGACUAUAGGCGCCACAUCGACCGCUGAAAAGCGUCGUGGGCGUAUCUUCGACUCGGCCGAUAUUGACUCCCUGGGGAAAGCCCUAGGCGAGAGCUUCAAGGAUUGCAGUGGGCUGUCAGAAAAGUCCGCCGCCGACGAAUCGAAUACCCGACAAAGGCAGCUGGGGGAUCGCCACAGCAUUGAGUCCACUGCCAAGGAGCCCAGAACCCGAGAUAGCUAUUGGGAGAACCAGAGUCGCCAACACCAGGCCGAGAUCGCCAGGCUUGGAGCUCAAGCCGAUCAACUAAAUCGGGAGCUGUCCAGGUUACGAGAGGUCUCGCAACACAACGAACGUUUUCACAAAUACUACAAGCGGAAAUACGAAACGACAGCCCAUCAGCUCGAGGGCACCAUGCACGCGCUGCGUUUGAUCGACAACGUGUGCGGCUCUUCGCCGCGGUCCGAAAGGAUAAAGAUGUUGAUUCGUUUCUUCCGCAACAGUGGCGACCUCGAGACAUACACCACCGGCCUCGGACCCGCCAUAUCACCCCGCGAGAGCAGAUACUUGCAAGACGUGUGCGAAGAAUAA